GUCCAAUCUCUGUCCUGGAGAUAAGUGCGCACAUCUUAGUGCAGCUUGUGCAGCUCCUGAUAGCUCCGGCUUGAACCUUCUCGCAUUCAUGUCUGGGGAGGCACCGAUGUGUGAGGUGGACCUAGGUGGCGGCAAGAUAAAGGAGACCAACAUGGGUGGCAGAUGCCGUGUGUCCUGUUAUGAGCGAUACAUACAGCCGUGUAUGGCAGAACUUUUGGGUUCUGCCCUCUUCAUCUUCAUCGGGUGCCUAUCGGUCAUUGAGAACAGUCCAAACACUGGGCUUCUGCAGCCAGCCCUGGCUCAUGGGCUGGCCUUGGGGCUCAUCAUCGCUGUCUUGGGAAACAUCAGUGGUGGACACUUCAACCCUGCUGUGUCGCUGGCAGUUACACUCAUUGGAGGCCUCAACAUCAUGCUGCUUAUUCCCUACUGGAUCGCCCAGCUGUUUGGGGGACUGAUUGGGGCUGCCUUGGCUAAGGCGGUGAGUCCGGAGGAGAGGUUCUGGAAUGCAUCUGGGGCGGCCUUCGCAACAGUCCAGGAGGAAGGGCAGGUGGCAGCAGCCGUGGGAGCAGAGAUCAUUCUGACAAUGCUGUUGGCAUUGGCCGUGUGUAUGGGUGCCGUCAAUGACAAGACGAAGGGCCCUCUGGCGCCAUUCUCCAUUGGCUUCUCUGUUGUUGUAGAUAUUUUGGCAGGGGGUGGAAUCUCUGGAGCCUGCAUGAACCCGGCUCGUGCCUUUGGACCUGCUGUGAUGGCUGGCUAUUGGGACUUCCAUUGGAUCUACUGGUUGGGGCCCCUCCUGGCUGGCCUCCUUGUAGGACUGCUCAUUAGGCUCUUCAUUGGAGAUGAGAAAACCCGCCUAAUCCUAAAGGCAAGAUGAAGAAACACUGCUGGGUGUCCUCACUGCCUGGGUUCUCAGCUGCCUGUCCUGAGCUGAGGACAGGACAACUGGAUCAUUUCCUGCAGGGCUGAGCUCAGAAGAGCCACUGUGGCAGCAGCUGACCUUGGCAUGG